GUCGCUUUAUUCUUUGAUCAUCAGAAAAAGCUUACAGUCUUAUCAGGGCUUCUCAGCCACGACAAGGCAUUGUUAAGAUCGUUGUUCUACUUAGAGCUCAAGAAAUGCCCAUAAUCCUCGUCCAUGAUUUUUUCAAUCUAUCGUUUCUAUUUCAAUACCAGCUUUGUGGUGCAGGUCGGCGAUUCGAUCUAUGUAUGAUGAAGAUGAUUUCUUGAAAGUGAGUUGAUGGUUACGACGAAUGAGAGACUCGGAGUAUAUGAAUUCAAAUUGGUAGAGUGAAGAAAAACUUAAUAGUUAGUGUUCAUGAAAAUUGACUCAUGUGCGACCUGAGCUUGAGCUAAUACCUGGAACUCAUUAUAAUUGGAAAAAAGAUUGUUCGAAGAAAUGACUACAGAGUCAUUUCGUAAAGACGUGAGCCGUCAGCUCUCCGAGCUACAGGCCAAGACGGAGAGCGAACCUGAAGCCUUCAUUGCUUUUCCUGCUUCUCUCUCAUCAGCUGACCGCAAAUAUGUUCACCGCAUCGCAGAGGGUUUCGGUUUGUUCACGUUGUCACAGGGUGAGGGUCCCGAACGACAUAUUCGCGUCUUCGUUUCCGACCCGACGGGCGGGUUGCAGACCGCUAAGGGACGCGGGAAACGCGGCGGCGGGAAAAAUGGAGCGGAAUUACGACUAAAAGGGCCACAAGAAAGCUGUCUUGAGGAAUGUGCGAGGCUAGCAGCACCCCUGGACCGCCCAGUGGCGCAGGCCAAUGUGCAAUCGACCGUACACCGGAAUAAGAUUAUGACAACAUGAUUUUGAGCUAUUUUUAAGCUUGAGUUUAUCGUAAGAACUAGAGGUGUGAAGCUGCGAGAUGAUGUUACCCAUGUGCGUAGUUACAACAGUUUGAUAAUGUAAAAGAGGCAAAUUAGAACCAACAUCAAUUAUAGAAAUUGAUAGAUUGACAUGAAGACACACACAAAAGUACAGAGAGAUGAAGACUAUACAGCUAACUAGAUUGAGCUGCGUUAAGAAUUGGUAUACUGUUCGUGUUCUAAGUUUGCCUCUGGAGUGGCUGCACCUGAAGAUGGUGGCGAAUACCCGCACAUUCCUAUGGAUAUGGAUUCUGUGGAGCAAGCGUGCGAAAACCACGAUUUGGGAGAAACGCGAAAGUCGCUGCCGGCUUGGGAACUUCGGCAAGAUGUCCUGGAGAGCGUGCAUUUGAACCAGGUGACGCUGAUUUCCGGUGAAACGGGUUGCGGUAAGAGUACACAGGUGCCACAGUUUCUACUAGAUGGCAAUCCUCACUGCAACAUCUUGGUGGCACAGCCUCGGCGCAUCGCGGCCAUCUCCUUGGCCAAGCGCGUGCAGGACGAGCGUGGUGGCGGAAACAUGGAGAGGAAUAUGGUUGGCUUUCACGUGCCUUUGGAGCGGAAAACGAGACAGCAGACUCGAUUGACCUUUUGUACUACCAGCAUGCUGCGCAAACGCCUCUUCACGGACCCGGAACUGACUGGAGUCACUCACAUCGUGUUCGAUGAGGUCCACGAGCGCGAUAAACUGGCUGACUUCGCUCUGAUUUUCAUCCGUGACCUGGUCCAGCGCCGACCCGAUUUGCGCCUCGUGCUUAUGAGCGCCACGCUGCAACUCGAAACCUUCGAGAACUACUUCGCGGGCCUCGCGAACAAGGUCCACAUCCCGGGUCGUACCUUUCCUGUGCAGGAGUUGUACUUGGAUCAGAUCGUGACGACCUUGUGGAAAGUUCCCGGAUUCCGCAAGUGGCUCGGACCAGGGAUUUUGUCGGCUGGCAUCGAUAUGGUGGACGAGAAAGAGUGGAAGCGCACCGUGUUUCAGCGUGAAGGACGUGGGGGCGACGGCUACUGGGGUCUCGCGGACCACAUCCGUCCGUUGCUGAAACAAGACAAGUUCUCGAAGGCCAAACUCCAAGACGGUUUGGCGAAAAUGGACGUCUUACAACAAAGCGGACUGGAUUUCGACUUCCCGAUCAUUGAAGCGCUCAUUCUGUGGAUCGACAAGAACUACAAGGACGUGCUCAAAGCGCAGCUAGAGGAGAAGAAGGACGACGAAGCAGCACGUGCGCAGAUCAAGAACAAACCGCUUGGCGCGGUCUUGGUGUUUCUCACCGGAUGGAACGACAUCGACAAGUGCCAGCGCAUUUUGGAAGCGGACUUGGACAAAGAGAAAUUCAAGAUUUUCCAACUCCACGGCAGUGUUAGCAUGGAGCAACAACAAGAAGCUUUCAAGCCCAUCCGUGACCCAGGUGUGCGCAAGAUCGUGCUCACCACAAACAUUGCAGAAGCAUCCAUCACGGUUCCGGACGUCGAGUUCGUCAUCGACUGCGGCCGAGCAAAGGAAACAAGUUACGACCCGUACUUGAAGGUAGCUACUUUGACGACAAGUUGGGUCUCGAAAGCCUCUGUCUCUCAGAGAGCGGGACGAGCCGGACGAACACAAGGCGGUCUCUGCUUUCACCUCUUCUCAAAAAAACGUGCGGAAGAGGGUACUAACUCUAACUCAGGGAGAACGACUCAUUUGAAUUUGAAUUUGGUUUGGGUCUUCGUAUUUCAAUCGUGGUGAAACAAGUAAGAAUGUCAAUGUUUUUUAAUCUCUGCCGCGACGAUUCAUAUUCAUUCAAAUCAAUCUUCUUCUAGGUAUGGACGAAUUCACUGAGCCUGAGCUUCUUCGGACUCCCCUUGAGGAGACCUGUCUUGCUGCAAAAAUGCUGUUGCUCGAAACCGAGCAAGGUUCGACCUCGAUUAAGACCUUCUUGCAGAAAGCGCCGACUCCUCCGGAAAUGCUUGGUAUAACUAACGCAGUGGAGCUCUUGAAGAAUAUUGGGGCACUGGAUACUGUCGAAAAUCUGACACCACUAGGCAAAGCCUUAUGCAAUAGUUCGUUGCCUCCGACCUUGGCAAAGACCGUGAUGUGGUCAGCCCUCUUCGGCGUUUUGGACGACGUUCUGCAAGUUGUCGGCAGCACAGCGUUUUGCCGCGACCCGUUCUUGACAUUAGGCAAACGACAACAGCAGCCGAGAGAAGAGCGCGACCCGGUCACGGGAGAAGUGACCAAAGAAGUGUCAGCUCUCGUGGACGCAAGUGCGGACUCGGGAAGCCACAAGACGAGAAUUGCUGCGCCCUACGUCAGUGAUCACAUCGCUCUGCUUCGCGCGUUGCAACACUCAAAAAACGGAACCGACAUGCUCUUCAUGCGAGACCACGGGUUGAACGCAAAGACAGUUCGCCAAAUGGCCGAUCAAGGCGUCAAGCUGCGCGCAGAUCUACCAGAACAAGGUACUAAUUCAGCUUUAUAGAAAGUAGCAUGAUUGUUCAUAUGACUGUGUGACAUAGGGUUUAGUAGAAGGAUAUCCUAUAUGGCUCCUUGCAGGCGAACGGAGUUGGUAUUUCACAUGAGCUUCACUCCCUAACAGGUCUUGGCGACACCGACGGUUACGCGAGCCGGAAUUGUGGACAGGACGCAUUGAUUCUCGCCGUCCUCACCGCCGGGUUGUAUCCUAACGUCGCCGUGAAGCGGUGUGGUAAGAAUACCCGUGAGAUGGAAGUCAAAGGCGGCAAAGUGAGUGCCAGCGCACAUUUGAGCACCUGCUAUGGGACGAGCCGGGGUCUCGGAGACGUGAUUUCGCAGGAUGAGUGGUGCAUUUUCGAGGAGCUCUUGCAGGUGGAGAGCAGCUACUCUUUGAAACAGAUGUCGCUCGUGCAUCCCUUAGUGCUCUGCCUGAUGGCUGGCGAAGAGCGUAUGGAGGAUAACAAGCUGGUUCUGCACGAUGGCUGGAUGAAAUUCACAUUGGAGAACGAUCGCGGGCAAGCGGCCAUGCUGUGUCAGGUCCGACGGGCUCUGAAAUACGUCUUUGCGCGCUUCUGCGAGAACCCACAUCGACCUCCGAGUCAACCGGAGACGCAAUUUCUGCAGAAGUUUUUUCAAUUGAUCGCGGCGUUCUUCGAGGAGACAAAACACACGAUGGGGGCGCCGAAUGGCGGAGGAAAGUCCCUCAAGGGCAAGGGCAAGCGCCGCGACGCAUUCGAAAACUACGGAGCAUGUGGUGGCAACGACGUCGGCGAACCCGAAGUGGGUAGCAACGCAUGGAUCCAAGCCCAAAAUCAAGCGAAUAAAAGAUCACGCGGAGGUGGGGGUUACGAAGAGGAGGAAGACGAUGGCGGCUAUAAUAAGCGGCAAAGACAUAACGAUGGCGGCUGGGGAGGUGGUGCGUCUUCAUCAUCAUCAUCUUCUGGUGGCUACCACAACAACCGCGGAGGGGGCAAUAGCUCAUAUCAUGGAGGAGGCGGCGGCCAGUAUGGUAACUCAAACAAAGGAGGAGGAGGCGGCUGGAACAACAGCUACUCCAAUAAAGGUGGUGGCGGCAAGUACGGCGGUGGCGGCGGCUACAACAACAAGGGAGGUGGUGGCGGCUACGGCAAUAACAACCGUCAAUGGGGAGGCGGCGGUGGUUAUCGCAGAUAAGUUGUUAACUAAGUACGUAAAUUUUUUACAGUUGCCAAGCAGAUUCACUCCUGAGAAGUUACAGGUAAGAAAUUACCUCCUGGUGGUGGUGCUUUUGUCCAGAAGACCCCCGCCUUCUUCGUGACGCAGCGAAACCUGCCUUUCGAAGAAUAUACUGGUUAUGAGUACUAUUUGAAGAAAAACUGCAUACGACUCUAAAAAUCUGUAGUCAAGCACCUCAUAAGCAAGGAUCCCUGAGUUUCCAACUAUUUUUCAUACUGCAAGCAGUGCUUCUACGUGUACUCUGUUUCACUCAUUCAGUUGAUUUCACAAGAUAAAUCUGCCAGAUGAAUAUGGAUGUAGUCGGAAAAUUUGCCGUAACAACGUUCAAGUUUGGAAAUUAAUGGAAGAAAUCUGUUUGGCUUCAAUGAACAUCAAAUGUGCCAAG